CCGAUCGUGGGCGUUUCCACCAGACCUGCUGCUGUGACCGGGAGCUAACGUGCAGCACCCCGUCCGUUAGCAGCAACGACACCACGACAGACUGCUGCUGAGAAGACAUCCUUUAACGCUGUCAAUCACUGGAUACAGGAGUCACCACGGUCUCUAAAACAACAAUGCCUCCCCCAAUGCGCCACCGCUCCAUGCGCGUCUUCAUGAACGAUGACCGCCACGUCAUGGCCAAGCACUCGGUCAUCUACCCGACUCAGGAGGAACUGGAGAGCGUACAGAACAUGGUGUCCCACACAGAGCGGGCCUUGAAGGCCGUCUCCGAUUGGCUCGAUAAGCAGGAGAAAGGCACCUCCAAGUCUGACUCUGAAAGCACAGAAACCGAUAAGGAAAGUGAGCACAAAGAUCAGGCCACCCGAUCUCUGCGUGGCGUCAUGAGGGUCGGCCUAGUUGCCAAAGGCCUGCUGCUGAAGGGGGACCUGGACCUGGAGCUGGUGCUGCUCUGCAAGGACAAGCCAACCAUCAGUCUGCUGAAGAAAGUGUCUGAAAACCUUGUUUCGCAGCUCAAGGUGAUCACAGAAGACAAAUAUUUGGUGACGCAGAACAUCCGCGAGGCCAGCAUCGUCAUCAAGAACACAAAGGAGCCCCCUCUCACCCUCACCAUUCACCUGACCUCCCCUCUGGUUCGGGAGGAGAUGGAGAGGGCUGCGUCUGGAGAAUCGCUUUCAGUCAUCGAUCCCCCGGAUGUUCUGGACAGGCAGAAAUGCCUAACUGCCUUGGCGUCUCUCCGCCACGCUAAGUGGUUCCAGGCCAGAGCUAACGGGCUGCGCUCCUGCGUCAUCGUCAUCCGGACCCUGAGGGAUCUCUGCGCUCGCGUCCCCACAUGGGCCCCGCUUCGUGGCUGGCCACUGGAGCUGAUCUGUGAGAAAGCCAUCGGCACAGGGAACCGGCCCAUGGGGGCAGGAGAAGCUCUGCGGAGAGUUUUAGAGUGUCUGGCUUCAGGAAUCCUCAUGGCGGAUGGUGCUGGAAUCUCUGAUCCAUGUGAGAAAGAGCCCACAGACGCUAUCGGACAUUUGGACUACCAGCAGAGAGAAGACAUCACAGCGAGUGCACAACAUGCCUUAAGGCUGUCCGCUUUCGGACAGCUUCACAAAGUGCUUGGAAUGGAUCCGCUUCCCUCAAAGAUGCCCAAGAAGCCUCGGAGUGAGACUCCUAUUGAUUACACAGUGCAAAUCCCACCCAGUACAGCGUACGCCCCACCAAUGAAAAGGCCCAUUGAAGAAGAGGAGGGAAUCGAUGACAAGAGUCCAAACAAGAAGAAGAAAAAGCUGCAGAAGAAAUCUCCAGAGGAGAAGGCCGAGCCUUCCCAGGCCAUGAACGCUCUGAUGAGGCUCAAUCAGCUGAGGCCAGGCCUCCAGUACAAACUGGUGUCUCAGACCGGCCCAGUUCACGUUCCAGUCUUCACUAUGGCUGUAGAAGUGGACGGCAAGACCUUCGAGGCUUCUGGUCCAUCCAAACGCACUGCCAAGCUGCACGUAGCUGUAAAGGUCCUCCAGGACUUGGGCCUGCCCACAGGAGUGGAACUAAAGACUGCUGAGCCGGUAAAAUCAGAGGAGGCGGUGGUAACCGCCGCCGUGGAAGAAUUAAGGCCAGUUGUAACACCCAUUGAAACGAGUACUACUGCCACAGCCAAUGCAGACACGACCGAUGCUGCAGAGACUGCUCGCCAACAGGGACCAAUCCUGACUAAACACGGCAAGAACCCCGUGAUGGAGCUGAAUGAGAAGCGCCGCGGUCUCAAGUACGAGCUCAUUUCGGAGACCGGCGGCAGCCACGACAAACGCUUUGUCAUGGAGGUGGAGAUCGACGGUCAGAAGUUCGAGGGGACAGGAUCCAAUAAGAAGGUGGCCAAGGCUUACGCUGCUCUGGCUGCUCUGGAGCGACUCUUCCCCGAGGGCUCGAUGGCAGAGGCUGCUAAAAAGAAAAAGGGACCACCCAUGCACUCUCCCGGCUUUGGCAUGAUGGGGGCCUCCGGAGGAGAUGCUGCUUCGCCCAGGGGCCGAGGAAGAGGAGGCCGAGGUCGUGGAAGGGGCAGGGGCUUCAAUAACGGAGGAGGCUACGGCCAAGGAGGUGGCUUCGGAACAUAUGGCUACGGGAACAACGCUAACUCUGGAUACAAUUACUACAACAACGGCGGCACAAAUGGAGGAUCCGGGGCGUCGACCAGCCCGUCAGGUGGCCCUCCGGCCAGCUCAGCUCCAGGAUCAGCUCAGGGCUCGUACGGUUCGUACUACCAGAACGACGGAGCCUACACUGCCACUGCUACCGCCAAAACCCCCAAAAAGAAACCCCCCAUGCACAAGGGAGGGAAGCCGCCCUUUGCAGGUCCCCAAGGAGCCAACAGCGGAUCUGCAGGGGGGUACCAGUCCAGCAGCCCCACUGGGCAGAGCUCCUAUAACCAGUACAGCCAGGGCUACGGGCAGGGGAAGAAGACUUUCAACCAGAACCAGGGGGGGGCGGGAGGAUACUCGUACAGCACUGCCUAUCCCAGCCAGGUGACGGGGGGAGCGGGGAGCAGCCAGGACUACAGUUACGAAGGUUUCAACAGCCAGUCCAGUUACAACGCACAGAGCGGAGGAGGAGGAGCAGGAAACAACCAGGGCUUCGGCUCCAGCCAGUCUCAGUACCACAACCCGGUGGGCUACGGCCGGGGCGACGGCAGCAUGAACUACCAGUACAGAUAGACUCUGUGGCUGCGGACCGUCGGCACCCUGCGUCAGCGUCUCGAGCCUCCUCCAAAGAACGGCUUGCCUGUGCUCUCUGCCUUCUCCAUGUUUGCUUCUUAUGUGCUUUUGGGUUUAAAUGUAGCACAUGUGGGCACGAACUGAGUGUCUGGACUUUUCUAAGAGUCAGAGCCGAGCUGCGGCUGAAUUUAGUGGUCUGUGUCAGUGGUCUGGUCAGUGCUUAGUCUGUGUUUUUAGGUUAUUUUUAUUUUGUUUUUCAUCUAUGCUACCAGUCCUCACCCUCGUCACCAAAUAUGAAGGCUGAUUCUACAGAUUACUCAUCAGCUCUGGCUUGGUUUCCUUUCUUUUUCUCAUGUGAAACUAGUAAAAUCUUGUAGUUUUAAACUGCAAAGGUUGAUGUAUUUUUUUGUAAUAUUCAAUAGACCCAAAUGGCUUCUCCUUUUCUGCAUUGCUUGUAAGUUUGGCUUAUUUUGUAUUUUACCUAAUGUGAUGUAGUUAUUUUAAUAAAUGGUUUUGGAGAUUACUGGAAAAUACACUUUCAUUCUGAUGUUAAAGCCACAUUUCUGCUCAAUGUAGCUUUUUUUCAUUGGGUUGGAUUUGUUCCUGUUCAUGUGUAACAAAGUGUGUUUGUAUUAAUAAAUGAUUUUUAUUUUGAAA